AUGGAGAGGCUUGAAUUCAGGGAAAGGAAGCUGCUUUGGCGGCUGUUUGGCUACAUUUGGCCCAGAGUAUGCCACAAUGAAGAGCUUUACGCGGAAGUCGAUGUGAUGUACCGGCGGAUGGAGUUUGUCGGGUUCAAACUGGAAGAGGCCACUUGGAUAUGGGAAAACGACGAAUGGAUCAAUUCACAAGCUCUCGCAGAAGAUCGAGAGGGCUGGGCAGAGCUAUGUUCAAGGACGACACACCUCGGCGAAGAUGCGGAUAAUCGCGUCAGGCGACAUCAGCCAUGA